UUGGUGGAUGCAGGUGGCAAACCUCUAAAGCGGUGCUCUGGUUUUUGGAUUGAUUGGAAUGAGGAGAGCAAAACCGGUAUUGUUUUGACAACUGCCCAUCUGAUUCGCACAAAGAAUUCUCCUGUCAACAUCUGGUUAGGCGGAGAAGAGUAUGCUUCCCAUGCUAAUAUUACUGUUCAUUUGCAAGACGGCACCAGUCCAGAGGGCCAGUUGCUCUACUACCAGCCACAUUACGAUCUUGCUUUUGUGAGGGUUAGAGUGGAUGAACACGUUGAGUUACCAUUUUUCCAAGAAGAAGUGAAACUUGCUCAAGAAGUCUUUCGGCUAGGAAGAGACAAUAUGUUAGAUCUAAGGAUAACAUAUGGUUGGGCUGAAUAUGAGAAUCCAACCAUUUAUGAGCGGUAUCACAACAUGUACUUUAAUUCUGCAGGUGGUGCAAAAGAUGACAAGGAGUAUGACAACGGAGGGCUAGUCAUUGACUUGGAUGGAAAAGUUCUGGGAAUGUCCAACAAUAUUAAGAGCGGGACUUUUAUACCGUCGUCUAUUUUGCUCAAGUGUGUGGAUUUAUGGAAGAAAUAUGAGUGCUACAUCCCCCGGCCCCACCUUGGGAUGACGUUUGAGGCCAUCAAGCUUCUUGAGCCUUCUCAUGUUGAGAAGUUAUGGCGUAUGUAUAACAUUGAUGAUGGUCUUGUUGUUCAACAGGUGUCAAAAGGAUCUCAUGCUGAAAAAUUUGGAAUCCAAAGAGGUGAUAUUAUUGAAUGCAUCAAUGGAAAAUGUAUUUCUACAACAAUUGAGUUGGAAAAUGUGUUGGCGAGCAUAUGCAAGGACUCCUCAGACAAUCUAAAUGACCUUAAUGUUGAAAUUCAUGUUUCUGUUGGGGUGUUUCACACGCUAAAAAAGCACCGAACGACGGGAGAGUUGCCUGCAAGUGUAUCUGAUCUUGGAGAAGUUAUUAUGGACUGAGGUUUGUCGACCCUUAGGAUGCUGGGCAAUAACUUAGACUUGUGUGAAAUUUCGCAAAGGAUGUAAAUGUUGCUUGCAUGUGUACUUCUGUCAGUUUAGAUGGAUAUAAAACAUUCGCCCUUUCAGAGAUGUUUUGCACGCAAAAGAAGGUCUCGCCAUUUUCACUCAUAUUUUGUUGCUCUUUUCUGCAGGUCCUGUUAUCUCUUGAACCGGUGUCGAAAAAGGAAUGUCACUUGAGUGGAUGCACCUUCUUUUCUUCUUCCGUUUUCACUUUGAACUACUGUACAUUAUUUGGUAAUCUAAAUUCUCUGGAACUUGUUUUGCACUAUACUAGUACAUCUUAUUAAAUUAGUGUGUGUACAUUGGUCU